UGGUGGUGGUGGUUGCAUUGUUUCUUUUUCGGCUUGGCUUUCACGGGCGGUUCGCAGGUGUUCGUUCGGUCGGCCCACGACACAAUCAUACUUCACCAUCCCUCCCCCCGUCCUUCUGCUGUGUACUGCCUCUUGUACGACUUGCAUGCCGCUCCGCCGUCACCCAAGGAGCAGGCUCAUCCCGUCUCGCCGGUGCCAUGCGCAGUCUGUGACGCUGCUAUCCGACCAUGUUGUUGCUAUAAGAAGUAUCGAAUCUAUAUUAGGGUGAUGUCCUCGCGAUCCGUCCCCGACACCACACUGGGCCUCACGCAGAGCGAAGUCCAGCUCCUCCGCCAGCACCAGCAAAUCGCCCUCUCCCAACAGGGCAGCUCCUCCUCGCGCGCUGCGUCGCAUGCCUCCAGCCAGGGCCGUCUCCUCCUGGAUCCCACCAGCCUCCAGGCGCUCAGCGCCCACUUUGAUCGUCUCAUGUACUCCAUCCAGCAGCGAUGGCACUCUCUGUCCCAACAGACCCAGACGGCCACUCAGAUCCAGUACGACCGCGCCGGUAACGCGAUCCAAAUGGCCGACGCUGAGAUCGCUCGCUUCCAUGCAAUCCUCCGCGAAAUCGACGAGCUCCAGGUCGAGUUCGACAAGGUCCGCCGCAUUGGCGAGAUAGUCAAGGGCUUCAAGGCCAGGGUUGCACAUUUGGAGCGUCGCUUCUAA